GCUGGAUAGGAUUUAACUUAAUUGGGUUUCAUUUAUCGUUUCUUUUAAUGGGCCAUAGGAUGGUCUGUAUCUUAGGGGAUAGUAUGGAAUAGCCAUUUUUUACAAUAUAAAUAUGCUCAAUCCUUCUUGUUUGAUUCUACAAGUCCAAGUUAGCUCACCACAGUACUCAAUAACUUAAUUAUUAUUGUGCUAGAUACAAACAUAAACUUCUGUUCUUCUAAUCAAUUCAGCUCUAAUAAUCUAUUUCCAAGAUGCCAAUGUUAUAUAAACCAAGAAAGGAUGGCUACGAAGUCAAACCAGCUCAAAUUCCAUCCCCAGGUAACAAUUCAUUCUUGGGUGAUAUCUUCACCUCAGAUGCUCCAUUAGACAAACAAAUCUCAUGUGGUUUUUACAAACAAGAAAAGGGUGAAAAAUUGGUUUACACUUAUAGUUAUGACGAAAUGAAAGUUAUUUUGGAAGUUGAAGGUACUUAUACUAUUACUGAUGAAACCGGUUAUAAAGUGACUGUUUCUCCAGGUGAUGUCUUUUACUUUAAGAAGGGCACUACCAUUGAAUUUGAAACCACUGGUUAUGGUCUCGCUUUCUUCUGUGGUUUACGUCCAGCUGAUUCCGGUUAACUAUCUAGUCCAGUAAAUUAUAGAUUAUAAAAUUCAAUAUUCCUAUAUAGCGACUCAUUUAAUAUAUAAUCAUAUUCAUAAUAGUUUCUUGUG